UGCAGUUGGAGUGCAGCCCAGUCCUGCGCAAAACUUUUGGCUGAGCCUGUAGCAAGCAGUCCUUCACAGCCAGGCUUCUGGAGGCUCUUGUUUCCUGCGUUUCCCUGUCAGAGACGACGGGACAUUUUUCCCAUGUUCCAUGAGGUGCUGCGGGGCCCAUUUCCGCCCAAAGUGCUGCCUUUUCUGGCAGCAGUGCUUUUCCAAAGAAAGGAGAGGAAAGAGACUGGGUUUUACCACCGACGGUGGGAGAAGCAUCCUUACUACAACUUAACGGUAAAAGUCCUUCGAGCCAGAAACAUCAAGGGUACAGAUCUGUUGUCCAAGGCAGACUGCUAUGUGGAACUAAAGCUGCCCACUGCAUCUCCCAUAGUCUCCCGAACUCGAGUUAUUGACAACUCUGAUAACCCAGAAUGGAAUGAAACUUUCCAGUAUCGAAUCCAUAGUGCUGUCAAGAACAUUCUGGAAUUGACGCUGUAUGAUAAGGAUGUGCUUGUCAGCGAUGAGCUCACGUCUAUCGUCUUUGAUGUAGGGGGCAUGAAGCUGGGUCAGCCCCUGUUGCGCACUUUCAAACUGAACCCUGAGGCUAAUGAAGAGCUGGAUGUAGAGUUUUCCUUGGAGAAAUGUUCAGAUGCUCCUAUAGAGGUAUUGACCAAUGGAGUCCUUGUGGUUCAUCCUUGCUUGUCUCUGCAAGGCACUAUCAACAAAGAGGUGAAAACAAAAGAGAAUCAGCAAGGGAGCUGCGAAGUCAAGCUGUCUGUUCCAGGUGCAUAUGAGAAGCAGUUGUGUAUUCCUUGGAGACAGGACAAUGAAAAGGAUGAUGGAACCUCAUUUGUAUUUCAUGUGGAUAAAGAAAUGUGUCCUGAACUGCAAGUGCAGCUGGAGCAAACCAUAUCUGUCCUACAGGAUGGUGUGAACCCUGAUAUUGAAGAGCAUACUACAGUUCUGGGACUGGGGACUGUACCAGUUAAUUCCCUUCCUAUUGGAAAAAAAGUUGAUAGAAUCGUUUCUCUGGGAGAGGGGCAAAGUUUGGAUAUGAGUUUGAAAACUGAAGAGAGCACUUGGGAUCUUGAUGUACGUCUGGGUUUUGACCUCUGUAAACAGGAGAGAGAAUUUUUGGACAAAAGGAAGAAAAUAGUUUCUGAAGCACUAAGGAAGGCUCUUCACUUAAAAGAAUCCCCUCAAAAUGAUGAGGUUCCAGUUGUAGCAGUGCUAGGAUCUGGAGGUGGGAUGAGAGCACUGACAUCGUUCUAUGGGAGCCUUGCUGGGCUUCAGCAGCUGGGCCUUUUGGAUGCUGCAAUGUAUCUGUGUGGGAUUUCUGGCUCUACUUGGUGUUUAUCAACAUUGUAUAAAGACCCUGAAUGGUCACAGAAAGACCUUCAAGAUGCAAUCAGAAAUGCUCAGAGUACCGUGUCCAGCAGCAAAGCAGGGGCAUUUUCCCCAGAACAGCUGAAAUACUAUUUCCAGGAGCUGAAUGCAAUGGAGAUUAGUGGACGGAAAGUUUCCUUUACAGAUUUGUGGGGCCUUAUUGUGGAAUAUUUCCUGCAACAGAAGGAAGAUCCAUCAAAGCUGUCUGAUCAGCAAGAAGCGGUGAAAUGGGGCCAGAACCCCUAUCCUAUCUAUGCAGCUGUCAAUGUGAGACCAAAUAUUAGCAGUGGUGAUUUUGCAGAAUGGUGUGAGUUCACUCCUUAUGAAGUUGGAUUUCGCAAAUAUGGAGCUUUUGUCCAAACAGAGAACUUUGACAGUGAGUUCUUCAUGGGUCGACUUGUCCAGAAACGUCCAGAGCCUAGGAUUUGUUUUCUACAAGGAAUGUGGGGCAGUGCCUUUGCUGCAAGCUUGGAUGAUGUCUGUCUGAAGGUGGUUGGUAUAGGACUGGGCUUUCUAGAAUCUUUCAAAGACGUUAUCAAAGUUGUGGAUGACUGCCGAAGAUUCCAUUUGCGAGAUCCAACACGACUGAAGACUCGUUUGGUUAUACCUGGGGGCCCUUUGUUACAAAUUUUUCAGGAUUUCUUCAAGUCCCGGGUCACAUGUGGAGAAACUUUCAACUUCAUGCAGGGAUUGUAUCUCCAUAAAGAUUAUGUUAACAUCAAGAAAUUUGUGGCUUGGAGAGGCACUCACCUGGAUGCGUUUCCCAACCAGCUGACCCCUAUGGAAGAGAGCUUAUAUUUAGUGGAUGGUGGCUUUUCUAUCAACUCUCCCUUUCCUUUGGUGCUUCAUCCAGAGAGGGAUGUGGAUGUUAUCUUGUCAUUCAAUUUCUCCUGGGAAGCUCCAUUUGAGGUUUUAGAGCUGACUCAGAAAUACUGUGAGGAGAGGGCAAUUCCUUUUCCAAAAAUCAAAUUAAGUGAGGAAGAUGAAAAGAAUCCAAAAGAGUGUUACAUGUUUGUGGAUUAUAAUAAUCCAAAGGCUCCGAUUGUGCUCCAUUUCCCGUUGGUGAACGACACCUUCCAGAAAUACAAAGCUCCAGGAGUUAAACGUGAGUCAGAAGAAGAGAAAUCCUUUGGUGACUUCGUCAUUGAGUCAAAAGAUUCUCCUUACCGUACACUGAAUUUCACCUUUGAGCCAUAUGAUUUCAGCAGGUUAGUGGAAGUGAAUCGCUACAAUGUUCUGAACAACAAGGACACACUCUUCAAAACCCUGAAUUUAGCUCUGCAAAGGAGAAAGUUGAAGAAAGUCUUCAAUACGUCCAAUACAUGAGCAGCUUCCAUAGCUGAGGAUAUGGACAGACUGCAGUGCAUAAAAGCCAUUUGGUUAAGGACAGAAUACUGAAAACUCAUAGCUGGAAACUGUCAUCCUCGGAAGGGAGUAGCACAUGUGACACUGAAAAUUCGUUCCAGUAAACAAAUGGUCUUACAAAAACCCAAUGGGUGUAUACUAUUAUAUGGAUGUUGCUUUGUUGUGUGGUGAAGAGUAGGGAAUUACCUACUCCACUAUCUCAUUUUACAGUGGCUGUUUAAAGAUGACUAAGAAGGUCCUUUCAAACAGUUCAAGCAUCUGGAGAAUAGUCUUUCAAACUCUGCCCAGUGAAGCACCUCUUUUUGUGAAAGUUGCGGCAGUGAUCGAGGAAACACUGAUUACUUAUACACCUUUAUCUCUCUUGCUUUUUGAACCUCCCACACAAAGUUUUAUAAUUUACAUCAUCUGGCAAGGAACUCCACAGACUAACUAUGCACUGAGAGAGGAAAUGUGUCCUUAAGCUUUCAACUUGCUGAUGGCCGUGUUCUUUCAAGACUGAACAGUCAUUAUUUUUGCCAUCCACAGUUUCAAAGAUCUCUAUGAUAUUCCUUCCUACCCUUCUCAAGGAUUAUAAUGGCUUUUAGUCUUCCAGAAGUUCAAUAUAGAGUACCUUACUUUGGUAACCAUUUGUUUUUGAGGAAAUAAUAGUUCUCUUUUUUUAUAUUUAACAAUUAAAGACACAUCAAGAAUUUGUGUUACUUCUUCCUGCUGUUUGUUCACCACAAGCUGAUGGAACUUUAAAAGUACUAUAAAUCUCUUCUUUCUCUUUCUGUGUAAGAGGAAAGAAAGCUCCUUUGAAGAGUCUUAAUUAGAUAUUUUUUUUCCUUACAUUUGGGCUUACAAUUCAGUCAGGCCUUUGUUCAAGGAAUUUCUGUGUGUCUACAAGUGUUUUAGAAGCAUCAAUAUUCAACGUAGGUACACCUUAUAUGAAUGUGAAUGAAUGAAAUAAUGUUAGUUGCUGCUAUGCUGUGUGAUAGAAUUCACCUCACUUUGCAGAAAGCUCAGAGAGAAGUACGGAAUUAUGCAGCUGGAAAGUAUCUAAUACAAAAGAGUGGCAAGCAAACACUGUUUACUUUUGUGAUUCUACACUAAGCUGAAUGUAUUUUUGUAUUUGAAAACUAAAGACCGAAAAUCUGUCUUUUCUGAAAUUAUGUAAAAGCUGAUAAGUGGGUAUGAUUCUUAUAUUUUUAAUGUGAUUAUCUUUUAAUAAAUAUUAGUUUUGCUAAUAUGCUUUUAUAAAUUUUCUUAUAAAUGCUUGUCUUGAUAUCUUUUCCCUUAUGCUAAUAAAAAGUAGGCAAAGAAGUCAAUGUAAUACUAUAUUGUAUAUUUUCUUUUAUUACAUCAGGAUUACAACAGUGGGAAAGCGAUUUACCAAGUCCAUCUUGGACUGGUGCUGCAUGAGAGUACAAAGUAAUCUCUUUAUUGUGAGACUUAUCUUUGAGGAAGCAUGGCUCAAAACUGAAUUAUUUAGAUGCAUUUCAGACAGUGACUUCAUCUGGGUGAUUAAAUUACCUAGAUAUCUG